AUAAACACAGCAAAUAGUAAGUCAUUUGAAGCAACCAUGUUCAACACGCGUAAUGCAUAAUUACAUCAUGACACCCCUUAAUGUACCAAGUCCUGGCCCAGAAUGCAUCAUCUAAUGCAAGGUGGCAGAAGUUUAAUGAUUCACAAGUGUGGUCUAUUGGUAACCAGGGCCGGUGCUGCAGAGCGUCAUAAAAACAACAAGCAUUCUUUGUGUGCAGCUGUGAUAAGAUCCCUGGGACACUCUGAUCUCUCACAGGGACAGGCAUUGUUCGGUUCAAAGGACAGCACUGCUCUUUAGACACCAUUCCUUUCAGCAUUACUACUCAGAACACACCGAGUGGAGAUGAAAGCGUGCCAGCUUGCUCUUUUCCCUAAUCUGUUGAACUCCUCAGCCGUAGAAGAAGAUAUUCUCGGCCUGGAGGAACAUCUACGAGAGGGUGCUGAUGUCUCAAGUGGUGAUGAGCGCGGUAGGACACCUCUGCAUGUGGCAGCAGGAGAAGGCCAUUUAAACGCCGUUCGCUUCUUGCUGCAGCAGGGAGCAGAUGUGAAUGCCACCGACUGUGAGGAAGAAACCCCGCUUCGAGAUGCCAUACGCUGCAAGAGUUUGGAGGUGGUGGAGCUUUUAAUUUCUGCAGGGGCACGUUUGGAAAAAUCCUCAGAGGAACUUGGGGUUGAGAUGUGCUGUCUUGCAUUCCUUGGAGACACAGAACAGAUGGAGGCGUGGAAGAAGGCUGGAGUCAGUUUUAAUGUUUCUGAUGCUCACGGUCGAACUCCCUUACACGUGGCGGUGUGUACCAAUCAGCCUGAAAUGGUGAAGUUCUGUGUCCGCAAUGGAUCGGAUCUUGAGAACUUUGUGGACCCACCAAAGCCGUCAAGCAUGAAGUUAAUUAGCUGUGGAGGAGGCAUCUCUGUUCAUCCCCCACACACUGCUGUCUCAUUUCCUUCCCCACUGGAGAUCACACACUCACUCACACACACAUACACACACACAUCACACACUCACUCACAUACACAUUACAGAGUCUCUUCACACAACAAACACUCUUCGAACUGUUUGCCAGCUGGUGGAGUCACACUCAGGCCUAAGAGCAGAUCCCAAGUCAGUCUUUGUGUUUAACUUUUGUCACCUCUACCUGUACUGCAGUCCAGAGAGCAGAUCCCAGAUCUGUAUGUGUGCUGAUCUUUCAGGUGGGUGAAAGAUAAUUAAUAGAUGGGAGUGAAAAGAGCUGUAAACUACUUACACAACUUUUAAAAUCAACAGAAAUCUCAAAAUUUCAUACCUGUCAAAUGUCAUUUUUUAAUUUGAAAGACUGAUCAGAAUUGGUGGUGCUUUUUAAAACUGACUCUGAACUGAAACGUACAAGAAAAAAAAAACUAAAGACGUUUGUCAUUACACAACAGUUCCAGUCCUGUAAUUUAAUUAAGGGGUGUCCUACAGUACUGAUUUUAUUUUAUUUUAACUUUUAUUUAUUUAAAUAUAUACUGUUUUUGUCACUACUGCUUGUCUGUAUUUGUGCUUCCAGACACACUGUCAGUCUGUGCAUCAGGGGCAUUCAGUCCAUAAAGCUGCAAAUGUUCUGCAUACCCAAGCCAUUUAAAGAAUGAGUUCAGGGACUUUCCAAAUAUUAACAUUACUAUAAAUCCCAUUGUAAUUCCAGGUGGAACACAAGGCUUAGAUAACAAAAUGCUUGGAAUAAGUAUGUAACUUGUCUGUAAAUUAUUUCUUUGCCAAACGACAGUAAUUUUAUGCAAAUUUUUGCUGGUUAUGAAGGUGUGGAGGAGUUUAUCUACAACACUAAUUAAACACAUCUGAACUAGCUAAUUGAGAUGUUCAGACUCACUAGAAAGUUAAAGUUGGUUGGAGCUAAACCAUGCAGGACAUUGACCCUUUAGGUGAAGGUUUGGACACCCCUGAAUACAAGUGAGUGGACCCACAACAGCUCACCCAAAUUCAUGAUAAUUCAUAUAGAUAUGGAUCGUCAUUAUUGUAUGGCAUUUUCAUUGGUUU